AUGCAAGCUAUGGGCAGCGGCUGUGGCAUCAUGGAGCUAUGGGAUGAUGAACAAUGGCUAGUCCAAGGCGGUUUCAUGGAGAUACAAAGGUGGUGGCUCAACUGUGAGGGAUGCAGCGGCGUUGUAACGUGGAGAUGGCGACUCCGAUGGCUAUGUAGUAAUGUAGGCGAGGAAAGACUGCAUGCCCUCAAAUACAACACACUUGAACUUCCUUCAGGGGUAUCUGGCCCUGAAAGCAUUGCCUUCGAUUGUAAUGGAGAUGGUCCUUAUACUGGGAUCUCGGAUGGUAAAAUUUUAAAAUGGCAAGGUUCCAAACAUGGAUGGAAGGAGUUUGCAAUCACUUCCCCAUUCAGGAUUCCUAAAUUUUGUGAUGGAUCACUCAACCCUGCAAUGGAACAAGUGUGUGGAAGACCAUUGGGUCUUAAAUUCAAUGAAGCAACAUGUGAUCUUUACAUUGCAGAUGCCUAUUUUGGGCUAUUGGUGGUUGGGCAAAAUGGUGGAGUUGCCAAACAAGUAGCCAUUAGUGCAGAAGGAGUCCCAUUUCGAUUCACUAAUGCUUUGGACAUUGAUCAAAACACCGGAGUUGUCUAUUUUACCGAUACUAGCACCAUAUUCCAAAGAUGGGCUUAUGCAAUAGUAAUGCAAAUUGGGGAUAAGACUGGAAGGUUACUAAAAUACGAUCCAAGGACCAAAGAAGUGACGGUGUUGUUAAGAGGCUUAUCAUUUUCAAACGGGGUUGCAUUAAGCGAAGACAAAUAUUUUGUUUUAGUUACUGAAAUGACUGCCGCCAAAAUCACAAGAUAUUGGCUCCAAGCCCUCAAAUACAACACACUUGAACUUCCUUCAGGGGUAUCUGGCCCUGAAAGCAUUGCCUUCGAUUGUAAUGGAGAUGGUCCUUAUACUGGGAUCUCGGAUGAUGCCUAUUUUGGACUAUUGGUGGUUAGGCGCAAUGGUGGAGUUGCCAAACAAGUAGCCAUUAGUGCAGAAGGAGUCCCAUUUCGAUUCACUAAUGCUUUGGACAUCGAUCAAAACACUGGAGUUGUUUAUUUUACCGAUACUAGCACCAUAUUCCAAAGAUGGGAUCCACCGGCAACUCCCGAAUUUUCACCCAAGGUACCAGGUAUUGAGGACCUUUAUAGGCCACUUACCCCUCAGGGCUUGAAGACACAAGGCCAUUACCCCCUUAGAUAA